AUGUCGUCAACCCUUGCGCCUGUACAGCCUCCUUUACCCUCGACGAGACCAACAGACUCUUUCCAGUUGCUGAAGGAGUCCGAGAAGCCAGAUGCCGAGCAAGAGAUCUUCGAUCAGCAAAUACAACAAGUCAAGGAUUGGUGGGCCAGUCCGAGAUACAAGGGCAUCAAGCGUCCAUAUAGCCCAGAAGAUGUCGUGAGCAAGAGAGGAUCGUUACAACAGGUCUACCCUUCAAGCCUCAUGGCUCGGAAGCUGUUCAACCUCUUGGAAGAGCGGCACUCGCAGAAACAGCCUGUACAUACAAUGGGUGCUGUCGAUCCCAUUCAAAUGACCCAACAAGCACCUCACCAAGAAAUCCUCUAUGUCUCUGGCUGGGCUUGCUCGUCGGUUCUCACCACUACCAACGAGGUCAGUCCCGACUUUGGCGACUAUCCUUACAAUACCGUUCCCAAUCAAGUACAACGCCUGUUCAAGGCCCAGCAACUACACGACCGCAAGCAUUUUGACGCUCGUAUGAAGCUCAGUGCUGCGGAAAGGAAGCAGACGCCAUACAUCGACUACAUGAGACCCAUUGUUGCGGAUGGAGAUACUGGGCACGGUGGGUUGAGUGCUGUGCUCAAGCUUGCAAAAUUAUUCGCUGAAAACGGAGCUGCCGCUGUCCAUUUCGAGGACCAGCUCCAUGGAGGCAAGAAGUGCGGGCAUCUUGCGGGCAAAGUCUUGGUACCCAUCGGUGAUCAUAUCAACCGCCUGGUUGCGACAAGGUUCCAAUGGGACUUGAUGGGCUGCGAGAACUUGGUCAUCGCGCGCACAGAUAGCGAGAGCGGCAAGCUUCUCAGUUCAGCAAUUGAUGCUCGCGAUCAUGAGUUCAUCCUCGGCAUCACAGAGGACGUGGAGCCCUUGGCGGAGACGCUCCAGAUGAUGGAGCUCAAUGGCGCUUCUGGACCAGAGAUCGACGCUUAUGAGGCCAAGUGGGUGAAGGACCACAAGAUGGUCACUUUCGAUGAGGCCGCCGAAGCUCACAUCAAGGCUGCUGGGAAAGACCCGCAAGCAUAUCUGAAGCAGACGGCGGAGAACAGAAACCUGCCAUUGCACCAGCGAAGAAAGGCAGCGGCCGAGGUGGCUGGAAGCCCUGUUGUCUUCAACUGGGACACUCCACGAACGCGUGAAGGCUUCUACCACUACAAGGCUGGCGUUGCCGCAGCUACGAAACGUGCCAUCGCCUUUGCGCCAUAUGCAGACCUGCUCUGGCUUGAGACUGGAGACCCUAGCGUGAAGACCGCCGCCAGCUUUGCCAAAGAUAUUCACGACGUGGUUCCGGACAAGAAGCUGGUCUACAACCUGUCACCAAGCUUCAACUGGUCGGCACACGGCUUCAGCGACGAGGACCUGAAGAACUUCAUCUGGGAUCUGGCCAAGCAUGGUUUCGUGUUGCAGUUGAUCUCGCUGGCAGGGCUCCACAGCACGGCCACGAUCACUAACGAGCUGGCCAAGGCGUACAAGACGGAGGGCAUGAAGGCCUAUGUUGAGAUUGUGCAAAGGAGAGAAAAAGAGGGUGUCUGUGACGUCCUGACGCACCAGAAAUGGAGUGGUGCCAACUAUUUGGAUGGAAUCAUUGGCGCCAUCCAAGCAGGAAGCAGCAGCAGCAAGAGUAUGGGAGAAGGUAAUACGGAGGGGACCUUCUAG